UUAAUCAGACUGUGUCAUUGGACUAUGUACAGAGGAAGGGGCCGUGCUCGACAGGUCAGUUCACCUCUUCGAUAUUACAGAGAACUUGGAGGUGAACGGAACCGUGGUGCGGCUGAAGCGCUCACCGUGUCAGGCGUGAGAAGUUCCAUUCAGCUCCGAGCCCGGCCCUGUGCGCCUCCCAGCACCAGGAUGGUUUCCUUCAUCCUCUGCCUGCUCCCUGCUCUCCUAGCUACAACGAGUGCACAAGGUGACACCUUGAAAUGUAGCGAGUGCGCCAUCGCAGGAGACACCUGCCAGAAUGUGGAACUGCCUUGCACAGUACCAAAGGCUACAGGCGGCUGCAUUACGGUGGCAGAAGAAAAUACACUGGUUACAACAGAUGGAUCAAAGUUCACGGGCUUCUCCAGACGCUGUCUGAGUGACUAUACUAGUGGCAUAAAAGACCUCAUCACUCUCACUGCUGGGAAGGACAAGUAUCUGAGGAUCAGCACCACACGAUGCAACAACGCAGAUAACUGUAACUCGGGCACACUGGCAGCACCCAAGGGGAGCACCACCGCGAAUGGGCUCCAGUGCCCAACCUGCUUCGCUCUGAACUCUGAUCCCUGCCACAGCCAAAUCACCCCUUGUACCGGGAACGAGACCUAUUGCGUCGAUUUCGCUGGGUACCUAGUGAAUGGUACAGUUCCUUCAGAUCAAGCAACAUUUGUUGCAAAAGGCUGCGCUACUGCAUCUGCACAAAACAUUAAAAGUUUAACCACCCGGAUUUCUACCAUCUACACGUACGUGUUCACCCAGGCGACCUCCAAACCUGCGGAGAAAGCCACCAGUGGGGCCAGCCCGGCUCUGGGGAGAUUCUCCUUCACCCUCUACCUGCCUGGCCUGACUGGGCUGCUGCUGGUGAAGCUGCUCUCCUGACCCUCGCCCGGCCCGGCACACGCAGCACCUGGUGCCUGUGAAUAAAGGCCUGAAGUCCCAGCUGCACCCCCUCUGAGGCCCCUCCGCGCUGCCGGGCGAUGCAAAGGGGCCGCUGCAUAGCCAAGGGUCUGCCCAGCGUAUGGGUGUGUCUGUCCCGGUGCCUCACGGCUGG